AUGAUUUCACCUGUGCUCUAUAAUCCAGUAAAUAUAUCAACAGCUGUGUUUUCUAGAACCCAUCUGGGCAUAUCCAAAGAUUUUCCAGCACAAGUGUGUGAUUCUUUCCACAACAAGUUCUAUUCAAGAAGCCGAGAAAAUGGGCAUAUCAAGAAACUGACAAAAGUGAAGGCCACACUGGCUCAAGCUCCAAAAGUAGAACCGGCUGCAACUGAUACAAAUUCAAGGCCACCGGAAAGGAAGCUGAGGAUUUUGGUGGCUGGUGGAGGUAUUGGCGGCCUGGUUUUCGCGUUGGGCGCGAAGAAGAAGGGGUUUGAUGUGUUGGUGUUUGAGAAGGAUUUGAGUGCCAUCAGAGGGGAGGGACAGUAUAGGGGUCCAAUUCAGAUACAGAGCAAUGCAUUGGCAACUUUGGAAGCUAUUGAUAUGGUUGUGGCUGAAGAAGUUAUGAGUGCCGGCUGCAUCACCGGUGACCGGAUUAAUGGCUUGGUUGAUGGUAUUUCUGGCAAUUGGUACAUCAAGUUUGAUACAUUCACUCCUGCAGCAGAACGGGGACUUCCAGUCACUAGAGUAAUUAGCCGCAUGACAUUGCAACAAAUCCUUGCUCGUGCGGUUGGAGAAGAUAUCAUCAUGAAUGAAAGCAAUGUAGUAAACUUCGAGGAUGAUGGCCAAAAGGUUACUGUGAUACUGGAGAAUGGACAGCGUUAUGAAGGCGAUGUUCUAGUUGGUGCUGAUGGAAUCAGGUCGAAGGUGAGGAGAAAUUUGUUUGGACCAACGGAAGCUAUAUACUCGGGCUACACUUGUUACACUGGAAUUGCAGAUUUUGUUCCUGCUGAUAUUGAGACUGUUGGGUAUCGAGUAUUUUUGGGACAUAAACAGUACUUUGUUUCUUCUGAUGUGGGUGGAGGAAAGAUGCAGUGGUAUGCAUUUUACAACGAACCAGCUGGUGGUGUAGAUGUUCUGCAGGGUAAAAAGGAAAGGUUGCUUAAAUUAUUUGAAGGUUGGUGUGAUAACGUAAUAGAUCUAUUGCUAACCACGGAUGAAGAUGCAAUUCUUCGACGUGACAUAUAUGAUAGGACACCAACUUUUACGUGGGGAAAGGGUCGUGUAACCUUGCUUGGAGAUUCAAUCCAUGCUAUGCAGCCCAACUUGGGUCAAGGGGGAUGUAUGGCCAUUGAGGAUAGCUAUCAAUUGGCACUGGAGCUGGACAAAGCUUGGAGGAAAAGUGUGGAGUCAGGAACCCACAUUGAUGUCAUUUCUUCUUUAAAGAGGUAUGAGAGCGCUCGAAGGCUACGAGUUGCAAUUAUUCAUGGACUAGCAAGGAUGGCUGCAAUUAUGGCAUCAACAUACAAAGCAUACCUGGGCGUGGGACUUGGUCCAUUAUCGUUCUUGACAAAUUUUAGGAUACCACAUCCUGGAAGAGUUGGUGGGAGAGUCUUUAUCGACGUCGGUAUGCCUUUAAUGCUAAAUUGGGUUCUUGGAGGUAACGGCUCAAACCUUGAAGGAAGAUUGUUGCAGUGCAGACUCUCAGACAAAGCCAACGAUCAAUUACGAAGAUGGUUUGCAGAUGAUGAUGCCCUGGAGCGCGCACUUAAUGCAGAUUGGUUUCUGUUUCCUAUGGGAAAUUCAACUGCUACAUCUGAAACAAUCUUCUUAAGCCGAGAUGAGAAGAAACCAUGCAUCAUCGGGAGCGUGUCACAUCCGAACUUUCCUGGAGUAUCAAUAGCUAUAUCAUCCCCUCAGGUCUCUAAGACGCAUGCUCGGAUAAGCUACAAAGAUGGAGCAUUUUUUGUAACUGACUUGAGAAGUGAACAUGGCACCUGGAUCACUGAUAAUGAGGGCAGGCGAUAUAGGGCGUCUCCCAACUUCCCUGUUCGUUUUCAUCCAUCCGAUGUAAUCGAAUUUGGUUCUGAUAAAAAGGCAGCUUUCCGUGUAAAGGCGAUGAAGUUUCCACCGAAGUCUACCAACGCGAAGACAGACAAUGAAGUUCUUCAGACUGUAUGA